AUGGCUGACGAGGUAGAUUUGGAGAUGUGGACUGUUGUGGAUGUGAAUGCACCUCCGCCUGAAAAUAAUCCUCCAGGUAAAAGCUAUGAAAAAGAGUCAAAUCCAAGGGGCUUAAAAAGUGGCUUAUUUGUAAUAAUAUAAUUCCAAACUUUGAUAUUGAACUUUAAAUCACAGUUUAAGAUGGUUUUUGAGUUUUGUAACUUAAACUGGAUUAAUACCUCUUAUUUUGUUUCGUAGUCAUUCACAAGUCUCAGAGCUCAGGCUUUUGUGGCUGCUUGUUCGUGUGUUGCCUUUUAAGAAUUAAAAGAGAUUUAGCAAGUGCCAAAGUUUUUUUGUUACUAGGUUUAAUAUAUAAAUCCUUGGAGUACGCUAGUAUGAUCAUCAAGCUUACGUAAUUUAUUAUUGUGCUGUUUGCGCCUUUGACGCAGAGAUCGUAAAAUUCACCUGUUUUUAACCAUGAUCACGAAAAGUGACAACGAUAUUGCGGGGGAGCGGUAACUAUAAGCUUAGGCUAAUAUUUAACUAGCCUUAGCGUGACAAAUGCUUCGUGAUCUCGACUUGACAUCUAACAAAAUCCAUUGUGCAGUGAACCAAGACCCGUCGAAGGAGCCAGCGGUCGAGAAGACCAGAAUGGAGGACUCGGGAAGCCCUUCGCUUAUAGAACACGAAGAAUCAGUGGAAACGUUUAGUCCACCCAGCGCAGUAAUCCCUGGAGCUACUGGAGGUAGUAAUGGUGUGGUUUUUAACACGAAAUACGAAGGCCCGGGCACAAAUGUUAUUGCCAACGUGACAAGCGUUGGAGAUCUGAGGGAGAAGGUAACACUGUCUUGGAAGAACAUCAAUGUGUUCGUUCCUCAACCCAGACCUUCUAUCUGCAAACGGUUGUGUUGUGGAGACAACGACGAUGAGCCUAGAAUCAAGCAGAUCUUAUUUGAUGGUAAGCAAAAACUAGCCUCUCUCGCGCUCGUUGCCGGUAUAAUUUGUAAGUUGUUUAAUAAAUGCAAGUGCAUGUGUGCAUUUAUGAGCUGAAAAAUAAUUUUUCAGCUCAUAAAUGCACUUGCAUGGCCAAAAUUUUCUGUUAAGUUUAGUUGAACAGCGGCAGAAUUGAAGGUGCAAUCAAAAUUUUCGUGUAGUCAAAAUUUUCGUCAAGCAAUUAUUUCAUGGUUAUAAUUUUCUUUUCUUCGUUAAAUUUAGCAUGACUAAGCAGUAUUUAAAACGUACCAGCGAUUAUGUAAUACAGUAUAUCAAAAUGUCAUAGGAUUAUAGUUAUUUUCAUUUUGCAGCAACAUAUUUUUAUAACAGUUUUGUGGACUGAUGGUUCCUAAUUUUGUGAUUUGGAUCUUGGAUUUUGUGUUUCGUAUUUUUUCGUUUUCAUGUGCCUUGGUUGAUAAUAAAAGACUUAAUUAACAUAUUAAUUUUUAACACCCGCCGCUUCCACUCCUAAAUGGCUGAGUUGUUAAUUGAUUCCCGUUACAUACAAAGUUUGAGAGCCAAGAUCUAAUGUUCCAAUUCAUCAGUGAUCAUUUGCUUCAUGUUUAUUUGAUGGUGCAAGUGUUGCUUGGAUAAAUUAGAGAUGUUCUUGAUCACUCUGGGUUAUUUGUGCCGAAAUGCCUGUGGGAUAUAACCUAUGUAACAGAAGCAUCAAGAAUUAUAGCUGCCAGAGUUUUAGGCAUUAGUGCCUCUGAAAGUAGAAGCCAUGUAUGAAUAUAUGAGGAGCAAAUGUGGACCCCCUUCCCUUGUGCCCAGCACACUAGUCAUGAAUGCUUGAUUCCCAGGUUAGUGCAUGAGCACUCAAAAAUUAAUUUCCACUUUUUCAAGAAUCAUUUGUCUAGUUCCUGAAAAUAUUCAAAUCCUCUUCAUAGUAGAAAUCGGAAAUUCUAGGUGGAGGUUCUCAGAGACUCAGACAGUUUAAGCAAGCAUGUUAGGAAGCAAAAUUGGAAUUUUCACAGGGAAGGGGGAUUCAAAGAACAAAUACCUUGUUUGGGGUGGGGGGUAUGUAUGGAUAUAUUUUGGAACUGCAUAUUCUACAGUCAUCCCUUUCACAAACUUACCUAGGUAAAGGCACACACAAGCCAAAAGCCUAAAAAGGGGAGGAGCUUUAAUCCUGGUUUCCCUAGCGUGAUCGAAGGAUGCCCAGGAAAUGUAGCAUGCCGGCUUAUAGAUGGGAUGCUAGUCCAUCACAGGGUUACCCCACUGCAGUAUGACUGGGUGAAGAGAGACAAAGUGGAGUAAAUUUCCUUGUCUAAGGAAUCAAAGCGACAGGCAAGGCUUGAACUCCAGACCUCCAGAUCCAGAGUUGGAAUUGUUAACCGUUUGGCCAUACAAAAAGCAUACACUUAAACUACUGUAAAUUGUUGCAUUUCAUUUCCUUGUUAACAAAGCACAAUAUGGGGCUCUUUAGAAAGUAACCCUUCUAUUUGUUGAGACUGAUUUUAAUGUUGAGUUGCUGUUCAUUUGCACAGUCAAUGGCAAAAUUGAAGCAGGAAGUUUGUUGGCUGUAAUGGGAGCAAGGUAUAUGUAAAAUAAUAACGAUUUAUAUUUAGUGAUUAUUAAAUGAGGCAGGGGCGUAGCCAGGAUUUUUCCACAGGUACGCACAAUUUCCUUAAUCCCUACCCCCACCCCCCCACCCGCCCCUGCACUUCCCCCUUUAAAAUUUUAAAAUUUUUCGUCGCACAUCAAUCAUUGCUUACUCACAAAUUAAGGCAUCGCAAAAGGCUAGAUUUUUUUUACCCUUUUCUGACUUUUUCAGGUAUGCAUGUGCAUAGCGUACGAACAGGUAGCUACGCCCCUGUGAGGCUGAGUGUCAUCUGAAGAAUUGUGCAGAUCGAGGAGGAUGUUAUCUGCCGAGUCCGUAGGCCAAAAUGGAUAACACCCUCCUGACUCCAUAAUUCUUCAGAUGAUAUGAAAGCCAUAUUCAAUAAUUGUUUUAUUAUUCAUGCAAAUCAAUUCCUGGUUUAAAGACUUGCUAAACAAUAAUUAUGCUUACAGGUCUCCAUCGAUGUUUAUAAGUUCAUCUUGAUAGUGCAUGUUUAUCGGAGAGUUUAGAAGAUAAAGAGCUGAUAAUGUCCUCCAAGUAGCAGAUCAUCUGUUGAGUUGUCCUCUUGCUACUCUUGCUAUGUUUUUAGACAAUAGUUCGCCCUGAAAUGAGUAAAAUGUUCCUCCACUUUGUACUCACUACCAAAACAACUCAAACUUGUCCCCAGGUCUUCUCGGUUAAUGGUUCAAUAAUCUGUCAAUUUUACUGCAUGAUUGACAUCAUCAGUCCAAUAUUGCAAAAUUCUUCCAAAUUUGGUCGACAAUACCUGGUUGUGAUGAAUUAUGCAUGGGAAAUGGCAAAAUAUUUUGAGCGAAUAAAAAAAUAAGAGAUAUUUGAUGUACCAGCUAUAAAUAUUCUUAAAAUAGCAGUUGUCAUCCCAUGAGUUGUACUUUUGCUAUUCUUUCUGUGGUUUUAGGCAGUGAGGGUAAGGCACAUGAAUCAAAAACCCAGAUGGCUGUAGCUUAUCCCGGUUUCCUUAGCAUGAAGCAUGCCUAGGAGUAUUGCUACUCCCCCCUAGACUAAAUGCUACUCCAUCGCAGGGUUACCCCCAGCAGUAUGUCGCCGGUACCCAUUUAUACACCUGGGUGAAGAGAUCAGAAAAGGUGGAGUGAAGUUUUGUCUAACGGAACAGUGUGAUGGGCAAGGCUUAAACCCUGGACCUCCAGAUCUGGAGUUUGAGGUGUUAAUGGCUUGGCCACACCCACCUUCAGCUUAAUUUUCUUCUUUGCGAAACGUGUCUAAACUAUAUUUAAAGAAUAGCUUAAAAUAUUGCUUCAAGCCAUCAGAAGUACUAGAUUCAAAGGCAUUGUAGUUUGUUCAAAUCAUAAUUGUGCUUGUUCCGUAGUGGUGCUGGCAAAUCCACUUUGAUGAAUGUGUUAGCACAUCGCAACAUUGCUCAGAUCCAAGUUACUGGAACAGUGGAAGUGAAUGGACAUCCCAUUGGCCUUGAGAUUAAUUCCUUGUCAGCAUAUAUCCAACAGGAAGACUUGUUUAUUGGAUCAUUGACCGUUAAGGAGCAUCUAACUUUUCAGGUAGAUUGCGGCCACUAAAUGAAAGUUGAUAUAAUAUUAUUAUUAUCAGGUAUUGUUAUCAUCACCAUGUGAUUUACUAUUACCUGGCACUUAAGUGGAGCAUUGGGAUAAUAUCUAAAAAAAUCAAGGACCAGAUAAGCUUACCAUCUUUUUGUUUUAAGCAGUGAAAGCCUGAGGAGUGAUGUCCACUCUUAACCGGUAGAAUAUUUCAUGAGAACUCAGGACUGGACUUUCCUCAUUUAUUUACUUGAUAAAAAAGUAUCAUUUUCCCUUGGAUGGUUAUUUUUGUUAAUUCAGCCAAUCAAUUGAUCAAUCAAGAAGUUUAUUAACUUGUCAAAGAAGCUUGCCAAGGGUACCCCUCUACCAAUUGGGGACACUUGGCAAUAUAAUUGAGAAAACCUCUUAACUGAUAUUUGAUCAAAAGUUUUUCUCUUUUCUUACAACCUUUUCUAUUGAUUGUGCAUUGAUAUUGGCUUUCUUAGGAGAUAAUUGAUGUUUGUCGCUCUUAAGACUGAAAGGGCUUUAACCGAACCUUUUUACACACACACCAUGAUUUGCAGAGUUCUCCCUUUCUUCUUUUCUUGUUGACAAAUGUAUAAUAUAUAAUUCUGCAACUGUUAUGUUAACAUGUUAUUUUUGCAGGCUUUACUUCGUAUGGAUAAACACACGCCAAAGAAAAAAAGAAUGGAACGAGUGGAGGAGGUUAUGCUUGAGGUGUGAACUCAUUGACAAUAAAAUUGUUAUAGAUUGAUUAUAAGUUCUUUAUUAAACGCCUUGCAUUUACUAAAUGCGUGUUUUUUUCCUUACUCAUUUGGCUUUUUUAUAAAUGUGCCUACAUUGUGGGUGCCUCAAAGUCCUCCUUCUACAAUUAAUUUACAAAGUCCUGUAAUUUUGGAACUGCAAAUAUAAAAAGAAUCUUACUGAUGAGCAGUUAUUUUCGGUGUCAACAAUUUGCUGUCUGUCCUCUUCGAAUCAUACUGACUGUGAUUUUAUAUUAGUUGCAUAAGUUUGAAAAUACAUAUUAAUAUAAAUAGUAAUUUAUAUAUACAUACAUAUAUAUGUAUUUUUUUUUCUUCCUUUGCUCUUUUAUUUUGUUUUGUUUUGUUUUGUUUUUUUUCUUUUUGUCAUUUCGCUUUUUUUAGCCUAGAACUAUGAUUAGUACGACUAUCUAAUAUUGAUUUUCCCGUGUGUAAUUAUGAUAAUAUUUUGUUCUAAUUAUCUAACUGAGGGAGCCCAUUCCUCAUAAGCCCGGUGGCUUCUCUUGGGCUUCCUCGCCAUGAGAGUUAAGGUAAUUAGAUUUUAUUUGAUUUGUUUAAUUUUUGGCAAACAAAACAAUAAACAAUAAACAAUAAACAUAUUAAUGUUCUACAUGCAGAAACACCGGCUCAAGCCACCAUAUUCCUUAGCUCUGUAGGUUGGAAUGUCACACCUGCGGCCUAUGAUAUAUUUAGCCUGUUCCAGGCUCAAAGAUAGUGGUGCAGUCGUUCAGUGUAAAGAGAUGCCAAAAAACGCGCGGGGAGCUGGGGAGAGACAGGGCAGUGGAGCGCCCUCUUCCAUUUUUCCCGCUGCCACUGCCCCCUUUCCCAUAUCGCGCGCGUCUUAUUUGCGCUUUGCUCAUUUUAAAUAUGUCCCCGCUAUACUAGCUGAGAGCCUGGCACAGGCUAUGUUAUCUUGCAGGUGGUGUGCGCACUACGAUCGCUAAGCAUCAUGGGCGGUAUUCAAAAUCUGAUCAUUUGUGUCAAGAUGGCGUGGAGUGAACAUCUUGACUGCGGAGUGAAUAUUCGUUAAUUACGCUGUAGAUGUAUACGAUUUUGCUUUGAAUCUCUUCCGGAAGCUCUUGAAAAAGAAAGUCUGUCCAAUUCUCAGGGAAAAAACAGGGUCAAUCCGUUGAUACCAGUAAGUGUAUUCUGGUGUAUUUUGUUCGUAAUCACUUGCAUCCUGUUUGCAACCGACCGAGAAAAGUCGGCACAGAAACACUUUGUUCAAUGCCUCAAUCAUGAAAAGCAGUGGAGGUAAGACCCGUGGUUCGCCGAAAAUUUUGAAUUCACCGUGAAAUCAGUGCAACUAGUGCUAAGAGGUACUGAUAUGCAUAGCUGUGAUAUACUCAUAAAAUACUAGGAGCUUCUUCAGAAUACCCGGCCGCGGUAUUUAAACACAGUGAGCUUAUUUUGUUCUGUCAUUCAGCAUUGCAAGAUGUUCACUUGCUAGCUGUAAUAAGAGAAUCGAAGUUGAGGGGGUCAUCUUUUCAAGGACUUGUUUCUCUGUUGGCAGGAAGUCUGCAUUUCGUUUUGCUUAACAUCUGUAUUUAUCAUCACAUGAAGACAAGUAAAUAAAGUAGCUAGAGAGCAUUUGUGUACAAUGAACUUGUGUCCUCUUUAUAAAUAAUAUAAUAUUGAGCAUCUUUAUUUGCCCAUAUAUUUUCUAUUGGUAUGACUCAUAGAAUGUCUUACAACUGGAUUGAAACUGAAAAUGGCAUAUUUGUGAUUACAAAGCCUCAUGCAGUCAAUAGAUUUUAAAAGCUUCAGCCACUAUUUGUUUAAUGAUUGUGUCAGUAUGUACAAACACAUGUUAUCACAUAUUUUUUGGAUUAUAAAAACUCUUCAAAAUGUGAAAUUCAUACAUGUUUACAAAUCUCCUGUAAUCAGGGCUGGGGCAACAUAGCUUGAGACCCCUUUCCUUUCUCCUCACCCCAAUUUUAUAAUUUAAAUAUGGUGUCAUAGGUCUCAUCAUACUCACAGUCAACUCUGUUAUGCAGACACUGAGGGGACCGUAGAAAUUGUCCAUCUUAAUUUAGAGAAAAUUUAAGGCUUUUUUCCAGGGAACAAAGCAAGCUGUCUGUAAUGAUGAGCAAGGCUGUGGUCUAAGGAACAUUGAAAGGAGCCCAGUUCUCUGAACCUGUAAAAUCUAGGCUGCCCAGGAUAUGAUUUGUAUGAAAAGUCUGAGAUUUUCUAGUCACAAAAGCAAAAGUUAGGUGCUAGGGGCCACAGGGCUCUGCUAGAGCACAGCCUUGAUCAGGUGUCUGUAUGAAGCGGUUGUCUGUAAAGAGGGCUUUUGGGUUACCAGUUAUUGCAGAGGUGGAUCCUAGUAGUACAGUAAAACCCCCUGACUAUUAGAACCUGAAUUUUAAGAACCUGUUAGGCUUAAAUAUGCCAGAUGAGCCCCCUCUAUAUAAAAACCUGUUUCGCCUAGAAUUUGAAACAGGUUCUUAUUUUUGAAAUCUAUGAAAAAAUUCUGUAUACUUAAGCAGAGAUAAAUCAACAUUUAGAAUCUUCUUUGGAUACAAAGCUGUCUUAUCAUUCGAACCGCGAUGUAAAUGCCAAUGUUUAAAUUUAAAUACAUUCCUCUUUUUAUGUCCAUUCUCACAUAACUUCUAAUUUGGUAUGCAGACUUUAUAUGAGGAAUGAGGUGAAACACAAAUACUCUUGGCUACAUUUUUUCUUCAGAAAAUAUGAAUCCAUUUAAAAACCUAAAUAGCCUAAACUUGUGCUAACUACUAUUUAUAUAAGAAUCUGUUUAGGCUUACUUAGUUAAUUCAGGUUCCUAGUCUCAUCAUUUUUACUGCCCCAUUGUUCCACUUUUUCUAUUUCCUUUCCCUGUCACCAUCUUUUCAGCCUUGGUUUUCCAAUAUCAAAAGUACAUUCAAUGAUCAAGCAAUUUAUAUUUUAACUAAAGCCACCAAAAUAUGCAAAUAAUAUUAUUGCUUGAUAUAUAUUAAACAGUGUAAACGGGUAAACAGAUUGAAUGACAUCACUUAGCCUGUGUGGCAGGCAUUUCAAAGAAAAGGGAAAGUGGGUCUUGGUGCAAGAGAAAUGUGAGGGAAGGAGGGAGCGAAAUGCCUGCCAUACAGGAGACGAAUUGUUUUUUGCAUUAUAAACAUCAACCAGGUGAAUGUUGAAAUCACUCCCUCCUUCCUCGUGCAGUCUUCGCAUUUCUCUUGUACGCAAAACCCCUUUCCCUUUCCUUUUAAAGGCCUGCUACAGAGGCUAAUCAUCACUGAAUAAAACAGGGACUAGGCAAGAAACUGACAAAGUCAUAACAUCCACACAACAACACACAACAAACUUGAAAGUAGGUCAUGGUUUUCUUUUCUCAAGAGUGAUGUGCAUAUUUCUCUGAAUAAAAGUAAAGUGCAAGCUUGGUGGAUGUUAUGAAGCUCUUCUUCUACACUGCCCUAUUCUUGCAAUUCUCCCAAAAACCAUAUAAAGGAUGGCUGGUUUCAAAAUGCACAGGGCUUAACUGUAUAAUCAAACUUAUCAUUUAAUUUAAUACCUGUAAUUCUUAUUCUACUGAUUUAAAACCUGCAUAAAGGGAAUCAAAUGUAUGACUACAAUUUUAUUAUGCUUUUUUUAGUCCUAUUACAAAAACAGACAUUCCUACAUCAGAGUGCUCAUCAGCCUACUUAUAUACCAAUUUCGAACAUUUUACGCUCACCUAAUGCUAUUGUUUGAAGGAACCAGUCGCCGCUGCCCCGCUAUUUUGUGAUCAGCUUGUGAUUACAACAGUAACACUUCCACUAACAUGUCACAUUGGUCUUCGCGAGGCUACAUUUUCCCAUGAAAACAUGCCGGUUUCAAUUCGGAAAAAGUAUCACAAAACGUGGGGCGCGUUGGGGAGCGAUAAAAAAAUUAGCGUAGAACAAGGUUUGUAGAAACACUUACAACUAUCUUCUACUUUCGACGGGCUAUAUAAUGGAAAUUAUAGCUUCUUAAAAACCGGGUUCAAAUUUCAUGCUCUUACAGGAGGAAACUUCGGGCUCCACGUUUUAGAUUGAAAUGAAUAGUAUUGAUUUGUUGUUCUUCACAGAAAAAAUCUAACCAAAUAUUAGCUUAUGAAAUCGAGAAAAACGAUCUAAGGAAAGAACUGUAUCUAUUGAAAAAUAAAGCAUAUAACCUGCGAAAUUUCUCGACCUUCGCCGCCAUCUUGAAAAUUUUGAAUCCACAAUGCAUCGCAAUCGUAGUGCGCACACCGCCUGGUUAUCUUGUAUUUAAUUGUAUCGUCUCUUUAUCGUUUAAUAAUUUAAAACGAUUUACUCACAAUUUAUUGAUCUGUUGAUGAUUUUUGUUGUGAAGCGCAAGUAUUAAAAAGUCAUCGCCAUUCUGCUUUUGUCAAACAUAAAUCAUACAUGUAUGCACAGUUACAUGGAUAUCUGCUGAAAAAACUCGAAUUUUCCGUUGUUCAUCAAUUCUGCUUUUAGGUAAAUAUUCCCCUUACUGUAUUUCAGCUUGGCCUAAAGAAAUGUGCAGAUACAGUCAUUGGGAUUCCAGGGCGACUGAGGGGAAUUUCAGGAGGAGAAAAGAAAAGAUUGGCGUUUGCGUCAGAGGUGGGUCCUCGUAGUUGCCCUUUCAGAAUCUAAAGGAAAACGUUUUUUUUUUUCACCCGAAAAGUUGGCACGGCAUUUUUAUUGAAGGAGAUUGAGGUCUCUCGUCGAUCUCAGCGAUAAAACUUUAAAACGUUUGAAAACUAGUUUCCCUCACUACUUACGACAUAUUAAAGAUACCUUUGAGAUUCGAGGACGAGAAUGACUACGUGUACAAGAUUUGACUACUUAAAGUUUUUUCGCGUACCCUCAAAUAAAAAAGAGAUUCCUCGAAAAGCGUCAUUGUACUUUUUUUUCCCCAAAAACUUAGCACUUUUAUCUUUAUUAAAGGAGGUUAAGCCCUCGCCCGAUCCAAAAUGAUAAAACUUCUAACAUUUGAUAACUUCUUUCCGCCACUACGACAUUAGGUUCUCGCUAAAACUCGUAGUAGAAUGACGACAGCUAUCACGUUUUCCCGCCAACAUGAGGCUGGUUCACGUGUGCGCAUCUCUCUACUUGGUUUUGAGAAAAUCUCGUGCUCGUACUCGUCUUCAUCUUAGAAUCUAAAGCUCUCUAAUUUAAAAAUCUGUAGCAGAAUGACGACGGCUAUCACGUUUUCCCGCCAACAUGAGGCUGGUUCACAUGCGCUCACUACUUGGUAUUGAGAAACUCCUGCCCUAGUAGUUGUUCUUGUCUUAGAAUAGACCUCUUCAUGGUUUUUAAUUUUCAACUUUUGACAUGGACAAGUUAGGGAAAAUCCGUCGACUCCACUGGAAAGUGCGCCAUGAUAUUAGUAAAACUGCCAAAUUUUAAAAGUGAUACGUCUUAAGCGAGCAAAGAUGUAGCUCGUCAAAGUCUGUAAAAUUUGGCGACUUUGAGGAGCUAUAUCUUCGUCAGUUUUCAACAAAUCACUUUCAAACUUGGCAAUUUUACUAAUCUUAAAGCGCUCUUUUAACCCUUCACUGCCAAAUGUGGCCAAAGGCAAAUUUCGACCAAAGUUCCAAAUUUCAUUUUCUAAAAUUUUGAGAAACAAAUGGCCUGAUGUGAAAGUAAAGGCAGACAGCUUUCAUUUGAUUGAUCACAUCUCAGGAUUUUGUCCAUGGACUCAAAAGUUAGAGUCACCUUACAAAACCCCCUCAAACACUGGCAGUGAAAGGGUUAAGUAGUGUCGACGGAUUUUCCCUAACUUGUUCAUGUCAAUAGAUAAAAAAUAAAAUGCCGUGAAAAGAUCUAUCUACAGGUCGCUGCAAAUUUUCUAUGUUGAUAACAUUCUCCAGGUUCUUACCAACCCUCUAGUGCUGUUCGCUGAUGAACCCACGUCUGGUCUUGAUUCGUACAUGGCUCAGAGUUUAAUAGGGUCUCUUCAACGUUUAGCUGCUUCAGGUCGAACCAUCAUGUGUACUAUACAUCAACCCUCAUCUGAGGUCUACGCCAUGUUUGACAGGUGAAUUGUAUUUCCUCAUUUCUAGUACACGUAGUAUUAACGGUUUAAUAAAGUACGGUCAAGAUUCCAAUUGCUGGUUUUCACAUUGAGAAUUUAAACUAAAGAAUUAUAAACCCCCCUGAGUUUUUAACUUUGAUGUAAUCUAGAGCAGCUAAAAACUAAUAUUAAUAAAAAUUUUCACUUCGAAAGAGUUCUUCUUUUUGUGAUGAGUUCGCUUGCAUUUCUAAGCUCUGCCGUGACGCGGCAUUUACAUGGCGCGGGCAGAGACGGGCAAGAGAGCUUUGUGUCAUUUACUGUAGGAUUUUGCUAUCUAAAAAGCCAUUGUAUUUGAAAAACUAUUUCUUUAAUGUGUCUAUGACUUCCUCGAAAGAUGAAUUUACGCUUCCUUAGCAAAGCUCAGUGACAGACUCGGAUGUUUGUGCUGGUUUCCAGCCGCCAUUUUGGUGCCCUUCCGGAUGGGUACCAUCGUGGGAUCGCCACACAAAGCUCUAUAAAUGUGGGGUAAAUCAUUUUCCCGAAUAUCUGAAAAAUUGCACGGACCGGAAUCUUGGCGCAUUUACCUCCUAUCGUUUUCCAGAUUCUGGACUUUAGAUGUUGAACGCUUUUUAUUUUUGAGCUACCUGACCUUAUGGCCAGAAAGGUUUAUGCUAUCGUCGGUGUAAGAAUGAAUGGUGGUAAGGUCAUUUCUAUUGUUCUCGUACGUACAGUAACGCGUGACCUUCGGAGCUGAAGGGAGUGAGUUCGAUACUUACUAUCCCUCUUUUUUAGUCUGUUUUAUAAAGCGUUAGCCUCUCGGGAAACCAACUUCCCAUUAAUUCGAGAGUAUAAUUGGUCUAAAAAUCAUUUUGGUGAAAUUCACAUAUCCCAAGGGCUGGUCUGGGUUUUACUGUCUCUGUCCCAUUAUUAGAGAGCUUUAGAUUUGAGGACGAGAAGGAGUACGAGUGCGAGAUUUAACUUUUGCGCGUGUUCUAUAGAAGACACCUGGUAAAGCUUCAUUUUACUUUUUUUUCACCUCAAAAGUUAGUACGGUUAUUUAUACUGAAGGAAGUUAAGCCCUUUCGCGAUAGCAAAAUGAUAUAACUUCUUACAUUUAAUAACUUGUUUCCGCCACUACGACAUUCUCGUUAAACUGUAGUAGAUUGACGACGGCUACCACGUUUUCCCGCCAAAAUGACGCAGGUUCACGCGCGAGCACUAAUUAGUAUCGAGAAAAUCUCGUACUCGUUGUCGCCCUCGUCUCAGAAUCUCAAGCUCUCUAUUUUCUCUCGCCAUGAACGAAAACAAGGAAGAGGAUUACAACUUUAAAGUAAUCAAUAAUUAUUUUUCGUCUGUAGUGUUUUAUUCCUAGCUGAAGGAAGGACAGCAUACAUGGGAACAACAGCUGAAGCAGUACCACACUUUGAAAGGUCAUGGUUGUUAUUUUCUUUUUAGACUUACGUUCGGGGUCAAAUAGCACACCCUUAAGAAAAAUGUUGCAACUAAAAAUCAAAAAGAGACUUUGAGGUCCUAUGUGUAUUAACAAAAAUGUAGUGCAAUGAGUAAAACUUUAGAAAUCUAACACAGGAUAGUUCUAAUUUUGACAGAAUUAAAGUUUGUCAGCCCUUUUCCUCACAUCUUUACUUUACUGUCCGUAAAUUUGUACGAUCCAUGAAUAUAACGUAACUUUCUUUUUGUAUCUCUUUCAGACUCGGAUAUCCAUGCCCGAUGAACUAUAACCCUGCAGAUUAUUUCGUUCAAACUUUGGCCAUCGUACCAGGAGAGGAGGAACAGUGCAGGGAUAGAGUCAAAGUAAGAAGUGUUCUUUACGUAUGAACCAUCAGGACUACUGUCAAUUGUUCGUAUACAGCUAUUUCUAGAAAGGUGGUCUGAAAAACUGUGCACGCGACAAUCCCGAAAGGUAAUAUGGGAUAUGAUCAAUACACUUUUCCUGACACUGUAGCUGUCGAACCUAGUUUUAUUGCUUUCCUUUAGCACCCGCAAACAUACGUCCAUGGCCUCUCUUGCCAUUGUUUGAAAUUUCUUUGAAAAACAGUGAAUUAAAAACCACCCACAAUAUCUUUCGGGAUUGCCGCGUGCACUUUUUCCGACAACCUUUCUCGAAAUAGCUGUUUGUUCUCUCAUUGCUUAGGACUUCAACGGAACAUUCGUCGAGGUGACCUGGUUGCAACCCAAACCUCGCGUUUUAAAACUGUCCGCGAAGUUUUUUUGCUAUUUUGUUGAUGACUGUGGGAAGUUUUUUGCAACAUUCAUUAGUUUCGCCUGAAAUAACAAUUUCCUCCAGCUAUUUUUAAGCGGCACAAAUACAAUAAUUGUACACAAUGUUUGCUUAUUGAUAAAAACGCUGUUCAAAAACACCGCUUUUUACAAAAAAUCGCCGAUAAAAUCGCCCGUGUAAACGGCGCCUAAGAAAGAAUACCACGUGAUUCCAGCAUCAACGUGGCGUUUGUGACGUGGGCUCAUAAUCCACGUGGCACUUAUGACGUGGGCUUAUAAUCCACGUGGCACUUAUUACGUGGGCUCAUAAUCCACGUGGCACUUGUCACGUGGGUCCACAAUCAACGUGGCACUUGUAUUCGUGAUCCGAUCCACGUGGUACUUGUGACGUCGGUUCAUGAUCAAGUUGGCAGUUUUGACGUCCUUUGUAUCACUAUAAAGAAAUUGAGACAGAACAUGGUAUUACCGUGUUAGAAUACUCAUAAAGAUUCAUUUAACUGUGCAGUUCAAAAUUCAAUGAUGAAUAUAAAGGACUGUACUAGCUAUUAAAAAAUAACAAGUAACUAGGGGAAAACGUUUCAACUUCUCUCCUCUGAACCAUUUCAACUUGUGCAAUGAUUUUGGCUUUAAAACACUAGUCCCACAAUGAUCAGCAGUAUUCAACUGUAGGCCGCACUAGAGGUUUGUAAGCAAUCUUCUUCGUGGUUGUAGCUGAUGAGCAGUGUUCAAGUUAGAUUUCGUUUGGGAAACUUGAGGAAACGCAGUGUUUUCAGUAUUUGCUUUGUAUGUGAUGUUUCUCGCAUGAUCGUUCCACCUAAGAUCUUUGGAAUGAUAUACUCCUAGAUUCUUGGUAGUAUCUAUUGCCUCAAGGCAGCAGCCGUGAAGUGUGUAAUUGAAAAUAAAGGACACAUUUCAUCUUUUAGUUCUUAGGAUAUUGUGUUUGGCAAUAAUGAAUUCCAUUUUUCAGCCGUUCUCUCAUUUUUCCAUUCUCUGUAGAUCUUUCUGUAGUUGUACACAUUGAUCCAAAGAAUUUACAAAAAACCAAAUAAUUACAUUAUCAGAAGAAGGACGAAAUUUAGACUUUUAAAUCGUGACAUCUAACGAUUAUUAUUAGACGAGGUUGAGCAUAAUAUCGUGUUUUGUAGUGGUGAGCAGAUCAGUUAUUUUCCGAAACCAAGAGCUGAGGCGGCUUUGAACUCGGGACUACCCAGAACAAAUCCAGCUGUCACGGCCGGACUUGAACUCGGGGCCCUCAAAUUACAAGUCCAGCGCUCUGGCCACUGGGCCACCCUGCCUCCGUUACAGUCUUGAAAUAAAGACACGUACGUAUUAUUGUAUUAAAGUCGUCUUGCUCUAGGGUCACGUCCUUCUGUUAUUAAGGUUAUAGUUAAGACAUGAAACAACAAUUAAUCGUGUUUGAUUACGAUAUGGUAGGAAAUCUGUGAUGUGUACAGUGAACUUGAAGCAGAAAGGUCCAAAGAAGAGAGUGGCUACAAGAGUGGUGACCGAGGUAUUGAACGGCAGGUUGGUGAACAAAUUACGUUUUGAAUACCGUUACUUUACUUUAAAACGGCUAUGUUACGGUAAUUUUAAUCUUUCAACCAUUCUCUUUGACAAUGUUGAAAUGAGUCCACCGUCGACUCAGGUUUGUCAAUUUUAUGAGUCGGUGACGAUUUAUCGACGUAAACUAAAAGAACCUUCAUUUUUACCCUUUUAUUCGAUUAUGUGUGUUUAUUGACUUUAUCAGCGACUUAAAGGACUCAAUCGAGCGCAUGAAAAUUGCCAUAAUUUUCUGACAUCUAAUAAAUGUGUGGAAAUUAGAGCACAAAAGGUGAAUUUGCUGAACACACAUCUGUUUUGCGUUUUUUUUUGCGGGUCAGUUGUCUAGUUCUCCUUAGUUUAUAUGACGGCACGCUGGUUUGAUUGUCUAGUGUGCUGAAUUUAGCGUGCAAGCAAGCUCUUAAUUUGGGGCAUUCGCGAGAAGUCACGCGAGAGCCGGACUUGAAAGGAGACGCGAGUAUUCUCUCGCGUUCUCUCGUUUGAGCUUGCUCGCAGGCUAUACUGAAUGGCAAGUUUCAUUUCUUUCAUCUUAGGACUCAUUUCAAGCAGAUGUCUUGUUUAAGAAACGCUCGCCGUAAGUAUAUUUUGUUACAGCAUCACAUUUUAUAGUCCAACUACCGCUUUUCUAAUGUUUUCGUUGUCGUCUUCGUUACGUCGGAUUAGUCGAACUAGUGACAACGGAGGUAGAGGGGGGCGGGGGGGUAACCCUGUAAGAAUUUGGGUGAUGCAGUGCAGCACGAUUCCUGAAAUGGUCGACUUCUUUCAGAGCAAAAUAUGUGAUUUCCUACCAUAUCUCAGAACCAAACAGCUGUUUUUAAGUAAUGGAUGUUGAAAAAGUAUACCCAAUUCCUAAGCCCCUUGGAAGACAGAAAACCUUACCCUUUACCUGACCCAGAAUGCUCUAGUACACAAUCAAAGGAGGUCAGAAACCAUACUUCUUGGUCAAAGUGCAUUAUGCGAUAUUGGUGAAAAUGGUCAGUUUAGAGAUAUGAAGCAAGAUAUAUUUUUUGCAGCUACAAAGCGUCUUGGUGUCGACAGCUUAUGGCGUUGUUGUGGCGUUCAUGGAUCGUUAACAAGCGUGACGUUAUUGUCUUCAGGAUAAGAGUCAUGCAGGCCGUUGUAAGUAUUUAGCAGUGUACAUACGUGCCAAGAAUACAUACAUAUUAAAUAAAUUAGGAAACUGCCAUGAGUUGUGUUUAGGAUGAGAAAAGGGCUGGUAAGAACAGGUGGCGAGCACUGUGGAAAAUACAAAAUUAAUCUUAAUGAAGUUAUGACCAUCGCAGUAAUAAUCGCGAUUUAAGCAAUAGUAAAUGAAGCCCAUUUUCUCGAUCACCUCACUGCCAAAGCAGCCCUGUCUUUGCGCGACGUCAGUCGUUCGAUAAGUUUGUAAUUAUUAUUUUUAUUUUAGAUAUGUAUAUAUAUAUUUUUACUCGGAUAUUAAAUAAAAAAAAAAUUAUUGAAAGGUAGAAGCAAGUACAUAAAAACAGAUGCCGGGGGUACGCUUUAAGCUAACCUGAAACCAAACAACCUAUUUUUUUCUUUCAAAAUAACGAUCAAAUUCGGUCCGUACCAAGAAGACUGAUAGUAUAACAAUAGUCCUCUUUCGAUCUCGUUCUCUCGCUUAAUUUGCUGGGGAAACUGCAGGACCGUUUGCAAUCCUUUAAGUUUCUUGGAGUUACAUUAUCUUGACAUUAUUUCCUCUCCUCCUUGUUUUCCCUUCUAGAUAACGGGAUUAAUUGCUGGCUUGAUUUACUUGCAAAUUCCCUACGAUCAAGAUGGCAUCCAAAACAUCAGCGGUGUUUAUUUCUUUCUUGUGACUUCUGCAUCCUUUACAAGCCUCCAAGGUGUCAUUUUUGUAAGUAUCAGCAAUGAGCGAGGGACAAAAGUGUUGAGAGACACUUUGAUGGCCCCCCUUUUGCCUAGUGGAAAUAUUUAUCCCCUUCCCUGUGUACCUCCACUCCCUCCCCCCACAACCAAUGUUGUAUUUUAACCUUCAAGUCUUUCUUUAACUACAACCAACCUUGAUUCUGGGUGGGGGAUUUACGGGGAUUUAAACAGAAUUUUGUGAGAAAUGAAUGAAAUUGUGAUAAAAGCUCACGUUUUGAGACAAGCGGCUCGACUUCUCGUCACUGAAUGUGGGCAACAGGGAUAACUGUUGACGCUCACAUUUAUACACUUCUGACUUUGCCUUUAUUUGUAAACAAUAUCCAAAACAAUGUUUAAACGAAUUUGGUCUUUGUCCCUAGCUUUAAAAAAAAAAAAAACCGCUGACCCUGCUCUUGGUAGUGCAUUGCAGGUCUGGGUGGUGGCACGUCUUUAGUAUGGAAUUUCUGCGCUCGUUCCUCAGACGGCCAUUUUCUGAAACGAACUUUCGAAUGAAUGAGGAGUUAUUGAGCAAUCAAAGUAACUAACUUUUGCAUGCCAUGUUCAAGUCAUUCUUUGGACGCCCAUUAUGGAAGUUUAAAGGGAUUAACUGCAGUGGAAUGUGAGUUCCCAGUGAAAGGUACCCAGGGGCUUGCACUAAAUUCAGCCAGUCCCCAAGUGGAAUAUCACCAGGCGAAUUUUUAGGUGGUCGAACGGUAACGGAACGGUCGUGUUCAGUCCUCUCAGUGUGCUUUUGCGUUCUCAUUGAUUUUAGUAACUUCUCUCCAGUUAUUUUAAGACCCUGAGUAUUGAUCCAAUCUCUGGGAUCGAACCCGUUAUCGCUAUCCAAACUUCGAACAACUGGCCUGGGUUGUCCAAACGUUGGAUAAAUCACUAUCUAAUGAAUAAGUAUUAGGGAAACCAAUUGCAGUAUCCGCUGGAUAGCGUUUUAUCCAGUGGAUAGUACUAUCCACUGAAAAACACUACUGAACAAACACUCUACUAACUGAGCUAACCCCACCGUGGCUGGUUUUUUUUUUUUUUUGUUCAUUUUGUUUUUGUUUUCUUCUGUUUUUUUCUUUUUAGGUGUUUCCCGUUGAGCUCCCUGUGUUUUUGCGAGAACAUAAAAACGGGAUGUACAGAACAGAUGUGUAUUAUCUGGCAAAAACGUUAGCAGAGGUUAGAAUUUAAUUUCCCAACUUUUUUUAAACAGACGGUUGGAAUUGCAUUUUACCCCUUGUGUUACAAGAUGUGUAUAAGAUAUUUACGGCUUGAUUUUUUGCUCAGGUCGCCGGCUGAUAUUGUUCGAAAUGGCAUUGAGCAUGUCACAUGUCUCGGUGCAGACUUCCUAUUGGCCAUUUGAGGUUACGCGUGAGAAACUGGAUCGUUGUUAUGUAGAAUUGCAUUGUGGGAAGUUUUUCUUCUUUUAUCGGAUCUUACGAUUUCGAACAGGAAGCUUGGUCAAAAUUCAUCCCCCAAGACACGACACCGAAUGACUAAUCUCUCGCGUAAUGAUCUCAAUAUGAUUUACUGCCUAUCCUCAUCCGCAUGUUGUCUUGUGGACAGAAGCGUUGAGAACACAAAGAACUGCUGCGUAAGUUAGGGGCUCGGUAGGAGCGAGUGGGAAAGAACCCUGGGAAUGAUUUUGGUGUUUACGGCCAUGAGUGCUAACAACACUAAUUUUGCCACGUUAAAAAAAAAACAGUACGCGAUAAUUUAAUGGCUCUUCAGUUAAGCUUCAACAAAUAAUCAUUUUCAUUCACUUUGUUAUCUAUUGUUUCUUCUACAGAUUCCAGUCUUCCUAAUCUCUCCGUUAUUCCUAAUUACCAUUGCCUAUUGGAUGAUUGGUAAGUCACUCUUCUUUCUUUGCUGUUGAGCUUUGUACUUGAUGGAGUGACUGUGAUAGAUAGGAUUUCACUCAGAGUGAAUAUUAAAAGCACACUGUUAGAAGGAACAGUUUAAGCUUUGAAAUUUGCCAUUUUGAGACUGCGGCUACAUCACGCUAUUUGCUAUUUUUUUAAAAGCUAAAACCUGUCUUUCCAACAGUUGAAAUCAAAAAAUAACGGCCCAGUGUUGUUAUUGAAGACUAUAUUUAGGCAUUAACACUGUUUCUUGUCGUCUGUUGCUACGGAUAGCAAGGAUGGACGUGGAUUGAAACUUGAAAAAAAUUUCGCCAACCAGGCAAGAUUUAACGCUUUACCUGCGAAACUAGAAAGUUAUUAUGGUCAGUACUAGUCUACAGGAGUAUUUUGUGUCUGGGUAGGGGCACUAAGGAGGCACAGUCAGUCAUUUUCGCGAUGACGUUUUUUUUACUACUAAGACCAGAAUUCAUUUCUUGUUUUCUCUCACAUUUAAAUUUGGUAAUCCACAGUGAGGGUUAAAUAACAAAAGCCUUAACUUGCACAAAAAAGCAAAAAUCUAGUCUGAAGGAUUCUGGUGGUUGGUGGUGGUGGUGGUGGUGAUAGUAGUGGUAGUAGUAGUAGCAGUAGCAGCAGCAGCAGCAGUAGCAGUAGCAGUAGCAGCAGCAGCGGUAGCAUUAACAGUAGCAGUAGCAGCAGCAGCGUUUCGGAGAACGAAUGUUAACUAAGUUUGCUGCACAACCUUCGUAAUAGCCAAUGAAAAAGGUGAUAGCGUCGCCCAAAACAGUCCCACAAUGCAUUUACGCCCAACUUUGACCCAGUCUUCCUCAGUUCUGAACGUCAAAAUGGCUUAUAGUUACUAUUUUGUCAAGGUUCUUUGUCCUCAUAUGCUCAGUAACUCAUCUGAGUAAAUUCAACUUGAUACUAUUUUUCAGGUUUGCGGAAUGAUUUUGUCCAUUUUCUUGUGUGUUAUGGUAUCAUGUGUCUUGUUACAAACGUGGCUGUCUCCUUUGGUAGGUUCUAACUGCCUUGAUGAUAACUUUCUGAUUUAGAACACACCUUUCAGCUUUUUUUUGGAAGCGUGUGUGGCCUGGCUGCUAACACUUCGAAGUCCGGAUCCGGUGGUCCGCGGUUCAAGCCUCGCCUGUCGUGUUGUUUCCUUCACUCCACUUUGUCUCUCUUCACCCAGGUGUAUAAAUGGGUACCGGCGACAUACAUACUCCUUGGGGUGGGGGGGACCCUACGAUGGACUAGCAAUCCAUCCAGAGGGGAGUAGCAAUACUCCUAGGAUAUAAGCUCCGGCCGUUUGGACCUUUGGCUCGUGUGUUCGUUAGUACGAAAAAAUUGACAUUUGCUAUUUGAGCAUUCAAAAUUGUAAUUGGAUUUCAGGGAGAAAAUUACAUCGCGUUAAAUUUCGAUUCAACUCUCUAAUUGCCACAUGGCAGGAAAAGAAUUUAGCAAUACGUGGCGGACACUCAGUCAAACCAAGAAACGACAGCGAAAAUAAUUAAACUUUGCAACGCAAUGUGGCACUGGGACCAGACAAACAAAGGAAAUUAUCAUUUUAAAUGAUGUGAACUCUUUGUACCACGUGAAUGACUAGCUGGAAAGAGCUUUUUGAUUUUUGAGUACGGUAGAACGUACCUGCAAGGCUUCAGUCAAAAAAUGUUGUUACGCUGAACGGCAUUCCUAAAAUGGCUUUCAUAUUAUUUUGGCUAACAAGAGAUAAUAGGGACCUAAAGUAAAUGGCAACGGCGACCAAAAAUGACGCAGUGCGCAUGCUUAGAAAUUACCUUCCGCCGUUCCGUCAAAACCUACUACUUGAGGAUCUGUCUUGUGACGUAGUCUCCACUACUACUUUUCUCCGUUUUCUUUGUUUUUUUUUUUCGACUGUUACGGUUUUUAAAGCCCGUCAUAUAUUGUUUUUCACUUUAUCAAAAAAGCAUUUGACGUCUUCCUUGCCUUUUACUAACAGCGAAAGCAAAUGAAGGAGAAACCUCGUAGCCACUGUUUGGGUACCGCUUGUUUAAAAUUGAAAUUUUGCGGGUUACGGUGACGGAUUCUCCCCAGGACUCCGCAUCCACGGCCGCCGCAUUAGAAGUCGCCAUAACAACUUGCUUAAAGUCUCUUAUAAUGAAAAUGAUGCACAGUAAAAACCCUUGAAUGCAGAGGUCCACUCAACGCGUAAAUAAAACCGACAGUUUCCUUCAUGCCGGAUCUCUAAUGCAGAGAUGCUAAAGCCAGACGUCACGUGGAGUGAGAAUUAAAACAAAACUGAAUACAAGGCUGGCAAUUCGGUAAAAUUGUCCUCAAAUAAAUCAACUCUUUGCGGUAUUACUAGCCUCGCAUUCAGUUUUGUUUUGAUGUCCUACACUCAUUGGUUGCGAUGCGAUUUUUUUCCUAUUUCCUAGGUUAUAUUAUCUCAACGAUUGCGCCCACCAUCACUGCAGCUACAUCCCUUGGUCCUCCAUUGAUGUUGCCUCUGUUGAUUUUUGGAGGAUUUUUCCUCAAAAACACGUAAGCAAACUAGGAUUCGGGCUCGCCCAUUACCAUUCGAAGAAACGUCCGCUUUCAAAUGCCCAACAGUUGCAUGGAACGAUCUCCAUUGGUUUGUUCCGAAAUUUCGGGGGGAAAGGAGGGACCUUUCCUUGUUUCGAUCCUCGUUGUAUUCGGGAUCCUCCAGUCGAUUUUUUGGUGGAUUCGCGGUCCGAAAAUUUAACAGUUUUCAACUAAUUGGGAAACUGUCCUUGGAAAUUGUCGUGAUAUUCAAACUCGGUUUGAAGCUUAGCAAUUUUCUAUGCAAAUGGCUCGCGCUUGUAACCCUCAGUUGUGUCUGUUUAGGGGUGGCACGUUCUUUAAAAGUCCUUGAAUUUUAGGGAGGGUGGGGGUCCUUGAAAAGUCCUUGAUUUUUUAUUUCAAAUUUGAUUGUAUUGGGAUCGACAUAAAAUUGCUUGGCGUAGACUCUAGUAUAAGCAACUUUAAACGCUGUUAACCUGGGUGCAAAAGCAGCUAAUAAAGAGAUCUCGAGAAGCAAAGUAAUCCUAGUGUGCCGUGAGGUUAAAAUAUCACUGAGUCAAAGCAAAUUGAUCAAAGUUCUAACUCCUGGUGUUCCUGUGCAUGCUGCGUGUAUUUUUAAUCAGAGUCCCAUGCUUUGUUGGCUUCUUCGGUAAAAUAAUAAUGCGGAGAUAGUGUUUUUGUGUUGUUUAUUAUACGCUUUAUGGCUGUCCAAGACAGAAUACAAAUCAUAGCUCAGAGAAGCUUGGGCUAGGAAGGUGUUUAUAUGUACCAUCUCUGUGGAAGUCCAUUCCUUGUAAAGUCCUUAAAAGCAAUUUUUUGUAUGAACCCUGCUAUCAGUUUGAGAUACAGUACUUGUUUUUUCUUUUUCUUUGUCUUUUUUUUAAAGCAAAUUAUCCAUGCUAAGAAAAGCAAUCUGCAUUUUAAACUUGAAUAGAGAGCGUUUCACUCCUUGCAUAUUUUCCUGGAAGUGACAACUUAAACCACUUUCAGGCCAUAUACUACACAGUAUACCAGAUAGCUCCAAGCGCCGGUACAAAAAUCUUAUCUCGCAUUUGUUUUUUUCCACACAGAACUGUGCCUGUUUAUUUUAUCUGGCUAAAGUACAUAUCAUGGUUCAUGUACGGAUUUGAAGCUCUAAUCAUAAACCAAUGGAAAGGUUAUGGGUCGAUACGUAAGUAGUAUUUAACCUUUAAACAACAAUCAUGCCUGUCCUCCGAGAUAUAGCAUGUUGUAAAAUGGACAGGAUCCAAGUGUCUCUUUGCCUCGCAGUCUCUUUGCCCACACCUUCAGCGAGUUCUAAGGUCCUGUCCACACGCAUCCGGAUACUUUUUAAAACGGACAUUUUUGCCCCCUCUUCGGAAAAAUACGCGUCCACACCUAGCGUAUUCGAAUCUUUUUCGAAUGUAAAUACGGCAGCAUUCCCAACAGAGCAUGCGCUCUAUAAUUUAUGAUAUUAUCGUAAACGAUAAGCUAGUGUGUUCAUAAAAAAAUCUCCAGUUUAGGGAGCAAAACAGGCACGUGAAGGAGUCAAGGAAAAUAUUGGCAUUUUCUGUUAGGUCAUCAUUUUUAGCUCCCUUUUUGUUAGGAAAACCUGUUCAGAACCCCGCACCGUAAAAUCGCCAAUCUCGCGUCCCGCUCACUAUAAAUACUCUUCCAAAUUUUCUUCCCGUUAUCCUAAAGCUAAUCACGGAAAAAAUGAACCUUUUGGGCAUCUUUUUUAAUUCAUAAUUGUGUUGCUCUGUUGUAGCGUGUACAACGGAAACGACUAUAGCGCCCACAUUGUCACCCGCAAACAGCACUUCCGCAGGAAAUGGGGCAUUUUGUAUACCAAAUGGUGACGCUGCAAUCGCCUUCCAGGGCUUUGACGCGGUAAGUGUUAGUGCGUGGACCUUUUGUCCAAUUGUUUAGCCAAAACAAUUGCCAGAACCUUUCCCAUUUUCAGCCAACGCAGGGGAGGGAGUUCUCAAAUGGAAGAUUUGGGGAUACUCGCUGAUGAACUCCUAAAGGAAAUCUAUAGGGGUGUGGCUUAAGCUUUACUGGAUCCCUAAAAAGGAAUAAAUCAGCACAGAAUUUAAUUGUCGGCAAAUUUCUUUAAUCGUCCAUCGUUCUGCUAGUGAUAAACUAGCCGUUGAUUCAUUCAUUCGUCUUGCUUUGGACUGAGUCUUGUUCCCCCAAAGAGAGAGAAAGGGUGCCUGGCAAAUUGUUUCUGAUCAAAGAUUUUUGAACUCGUGUCUGGUAAACUCUUCAAGUGGUUAUAUAUGCACAGUUAUACGCACCUUAUAACUUCAUCUGCGUGUCUUUUGGUCCUAACUUUCAAAACAGCUGCUCGACAGAGUGUCACUGUUAACACGUGAUCGAAGUAUGACUGUACAAUAAAUGUCACAAAAUCUACCUAGGCGGUCCCUUCGGGAUUUUCUGUUUUACGUUAUCGUAACCAUCUCUGACUUGCGGGCGUAAACAAUAGAAACGUCAUCAUUACCCAACGAUUCCAUGCGGCCCCUGUUCAAGUAAAUCGAGAUUUUUUUCCUGCAUACUGACUGUAUAUUUCAACUGAGAGUACUUUCCUUAAUUUACGCACGAGCUACUAGAGAGCCUCCUCGGGAUUUCGCCCAGAAGGCGAAAUCCUUGCAGGGGCGAGUAAAAGGCACCGAUGAAUUAGCAACAGCCGGCAGUUUAAAAGAAACUAUUGUAGAAAUUUAGUCAAAUAAGCAUUUUACAGAAUAGGACCAUUCCUUGUUCUACCAUUCAACUGUUCUUGGCUUUUUGCCGAAACUCGCGGGUACUUAAUUGCAGAUUUUACUGUAUCAUUCCAUCAAAAGAAGGCCAUGCACCUGCACCUAUCCCGUGCUCAUGGUCACUGUUGGAGCGCCACGGACCUAGCAUCCCUUUUCCUCCAUUUGAUUUUGCUCUCAGCCUCUCUUAGGGCGUCGCAAAACUUCAGCCCUCUCCGCUCAGAGAUGUUAUUCUCCCAACGCUUCUUUUGUCAGCCCCUCCUUCUCCCUCCUUGCACUGUUCCUUGUAAAAUUGGCUCUGCUGAUCUUGAUACAUGCGCAAACCACUUUAACUUGUCAGGGCCCAAUGGCUUUCCUGAUUCUGCCUGUAGAUCUGACUACAUUGUUAGUGGCGUUAUAAAGCGUAUUGUAUAAAGUAAUAUAUAUAGAGGAUAUUACACGGUGGCGAGAAGAUAUGAAUUUUAUGUUCGAGUGGCAAGAACAAUAUCUCACGAGUGAGCGAAGCGAACGAGUGAGAUAUUGUUCUUGCCACGAGAACAUAAAAUUCAUAUCUUCGAGCUAACGUGUAAUGUUCUUUUUAUUAUAUGGAGAAACCAAUUCAACAAAAGCAAAAGGCGGGAAUCGUGACGUCAUUGAACGAUACGACACUCACAAAGGUGACAUACGGAAAAUAUGCCACUCGGGUCCCGGAUGAAGUGGCGUAUGGAAUCUACGAGUGGUUUAGUUCCCAGUAAAACACUCUCCUCCAUAUAAUAAAAAGUGAUAAACAUUCAUCCUUCUUUCGCAUUUCAGGAUAAUCUUCUUUUCGACGUUUACAUCAUGAUAGCUCUUAUGAUAGGAUUCCGUAUCAUAUCCUUUUUAUUUCUGCUGAUGCGAGCGUACAAAGAACAAUGAUUUGGUCAAACAUCAAGUCUUCUGAGAAGCUGAGAAGCCAAGCUCGACUUACAAGAUAAUGAGUAUUUUUACGCAACAUUUGAAAACAGCUAUUGGCACAACGGAGUUUUAUCAACAACUUUCAUGAAAAUCUUGCCACGGAUCAUUUCUUCCGCGGAAGCGAUCUUCAACCAUGCCGAAGCAUUUACUGUGUGUUUUAACUGCAGCAGAAGAAACUACUGAUGACAAGCUUUCAUCAUUUAACCUGACUCAGCUACUAAACGUAUGCCACAAUAUUAUAAUUUAACAGAUUUCAUCCACAGUCUGAAAACUGUACCCUGUAUAACUUAAUUGAUAUCUUUUAAAGAACGCUGUCUGAGCUGUAAAAACGCUCUUAGUAAAGGUUUUAUUCACGAGACCAAUACCAAGGAACAAAUUCUGCGGCGUAAUAAAUCGCGCGACUGAAAACGUAUUUUUAACUAACUUUUAAGUUCACUACAUUUGAGGAUUUAUUCAAAAAUCAAAAGUUAGAAUGAGCUCAAGUUUUACAUUCUCGAAGAUUUUUUUUCACGACCCAAAAAGUUGAAAUCUGUAAUUAAAACUUUCAUUAGUAACGGAUUGUGAGUACAGUUUUCAACAGUUUAAAAGGGUUGCCGCUUGUGCACGUUCCGUGAGAGAAAAAAACGUUCAUAAACACGAUUUCGGCAAUUGUUUUGAAAAUGAAUGUAAUAAUAAGUUGGUUGUAAUGAAAUUAAAUGAAAACUGGUAUGAUAAUAUAGCUUGAUAUAACGAUAAGAAGUCACUAUAUCAAUCCAAACUGAUGAUGUUAUGACUAGAUUGGUAACAAGGAUAUUUAUAGAAGUUAUCGCAUUGUUGAUCAUGACGGUUAGACUGUUUUGUUUUAACAAAAUGUUGUUUCAUUUGUGUUGAAUGUAUACAACAAUAUGUCAUUACAUGUAAUUGUAUUCACCGGGCUUAAUAAUGGAGAGGUGAAGCAUAGCGUAUACGGCGCUGCUAAUCUCUUUUAUAGGUCGUUUCACGUCGGACCUCAAUCCUACAAUGGCGAAAAAUGCACUUCACAUAUUAGUCACGUGAAGCUUUUGGAACUCGCAAAUGGCCAGUUUACUUAAUGAAUUCUUGCAGGCUUUUAGUGAAAGUCAAUUAUAUCAUGAUACGGCAGCCAACAAUUUAGGACAAACGCUAUGAAUGAAUCAAAAUCUGAUUCUGAUGUAGAAGACACGGCACUUGUGUUAACGACAGAUUCUAUUUAUCCUUCUGGCUCAAACAGAACAUGAGCAAAUUUAUGCACUGCAUUGUAACAGAAACUCAUAAUCCCUUAUGCGAGUGUUUGAUUUUAAGUAUAACUUAGCAAUUACAUAAACUAGUUGCGUUGCCCAUGCGGGGGGGGGAACGCUCAAGUCAGACGAUAAAACGUUGGCAAUGUAACAUUAUAUUUUUCACUAAAAAUUUUGAGUUUAAAGCAGAUAAAACCACGCAUUAUAAUCGUUUGUUUCUGAAAACGCCCGUUUGAUUUUCUGUUCAGUUUCAGUAGAAUGGCAUGUAUAAACUUCCCACAUAGAAAGUCUUUAGCGGGCAUUGUUUUUCUCAUUUUGUUUAGUUACCCUCCAUCUUCAACGCCGUUUUUGUGUGUUCUCAACAUUGAUAGUUCUGCAACAUUAGGAUCUCUUGCAAAAGGUGCUACAAUGUCUUCAGUAUCUAUGGAUUUCCUCUAGUAAAGACAAACGAGAAAAAAUAGUGUUAAUGACGCCCUGGUACAAAACUUUGACAGAAAGAUUCAAUCGAUGCUUAGUCUUAUGAUUUCAGAUACAUUUUAUAUUGUUAUGUGUUAUUGCGCAUGCAAUCUUAUCCAAGAGCCUUCGUUAUCCUUGGUGCUGACCAAAAGGAUUGCAGGCUCCCGGAAAAAGAUUGAUUUUUACGUAUUUUAC